CUGCUUACAACUUUCCAUUCUUUCACGUUUGACGAGGACUUGACUAAGUGUAUGAACUUUUGUUGGCACUUCUUGACAACUGUAAUUAACGCCUUUGUCUGUAUAUGCUUUGUAUUGUAAUGAGCAUGACGUAGAUUCCAUCAGGCGAAACCCUUGGACGGAUCCAUUUUUCUAGGAGUGGCCACUAGGGACAAAACACACAGGGAAAGCGGAUCAUCAUUUGGACGUAAACCCCUCAAAUCUUCACGCUAAGCUUUCCUACAGGAGUAUAUUCAUCACGUUAUAUUAGCUUGCCAUUUUCUCGGUUUAAACGAGACUCCAACGCUAUAUCUUUCCGCGAUGCUACUGUGCCGGAACUCGGUAACAACGUUCUUGGUCCAGUUGGCGCUGUUUCCAACGUUCGGUGGCUGCAGUACUGAGGGACAAGAACUGAACAUGGCUUGGAACGACACAACAGAGCCCUGUAUUUUGAGAGAUGGACGGACGGCUCUUGACAUUGCAGUACCAAUUAAUUCCGCUGCAGGAACACCUGUAGGUUCGGUUUUCCUGACAGGUAGACUUGACACUGACGUCACUCUGCACGUGACGCACGAUGACCAAGUAGACGUAAAGAGGAAAUACCUGGCAUUGAACGUGACGUCAGAGCACCGGGCCGUCCUGGUAUUAUCAGAAACGGGUGCAGAAGAAGUAAAAACAAACCAACUUAACAAUACAAUGGUGACCCUCAGAUGUAAGGUGGAAAGUAGCGGCCAGACGGUGGACUAUCCGAUCUCCCUAUCUGUUAAAGCCAAGCCCGCUCCGUUUUUCUCCGUUUCCAAGAAAUCCGUGGGUUCCAUCGGUAAAUCUGCUCCGGUUAAGAGCAACGCCAAUGUCUUGGCAAGAGGUAAGGCACCUGACGUCUGGACACCAAACACAGCCCCUUUCCUUGAUCCAGUAACAAACGAUAUCCCGUCCCUCUGA